AGGUACCGUAGGUAUUCUAUGACCGUGGGCAUGCGCUCUCUGUGGCAUGCGACGAGGUGCUAGGAUUCGAAAAGAGUUUGAGUGGUGUGUUCUAUGUGAUGAUUAUGUUAUCUGUCAGGGCCUCCUCUAACAUACCCACUGGGUGGGCAAAUGCCCACCCAGUCACCACAAUUGCCCACCCAGUGGCGUCGAUUUGCCCACCCAGAAGCAAAUGCUAAAAUAAAGGUCAGGCCGGGCGUCCGGUACCACCACUUCGGUUUCCCGAAAAAAAAACUAACGGUUUAGGGGUCCUAAGGCCAGCGGAGGGCCCUCAGAGGUCAAUGCGGGUCCUCCACAGUCAAUGCGGGCGCUUGACCGCCACUGAAGGGCCCUCAGAGGUCAGUGUAGAACCCUCAAAGACCGGCAUGGGGGCUGUUGAUAGCUGGCGUGGGAUUCUAGAGCCUUGUGACAAUCGAAUGAGGGCCAGGGCCCCAUACGCCCAUGGGGACCCAUCGGUUGUUGAGGGGGGGGAUAAAUGAUAUGAUUACCCCCUGAUUUGCCUUUGGGGGCCAUGGCCCUGAUGCCCCCCCCCCCCCGCGACCGCCGCUGGUUUGAUGCACUUUUUGUCGACAGUACUGACGCAUAGUUUACAGUCCAAACUCCAAACGUGCAUUGUCGUGAAUUGCUACCGCCUGUAUUACGAGCAGGGGCGGCUCCAGGAAAACUCGAAGGGGAGGGUCAUGAAUCGAAGUGGUGCCCCUACCGAAACCCAAAAUUAAAACAUCACAGAUUUCCGCCACUUAAAAUGGGGCACUUGGUGGUGCCCCAUUUUCAGCUUCUUUUAUUUUUUUGAUAUUUUUAAUUUUUGGUCAGUGUUUUAAACACAACCAAAUUUGCCAAUUGUAAGCAAGUAUAUAUCAAAAUGCUAUGCGUUUAUACGUUGUGGACACUGAGCGUUAUCGCCAGGAGCUCACCAGCUGAGCUCACCAGGAACGUUAUCAGAGUUAAUGGUGCUCCACGAGCUUCAUCUAUGACUGACCCGCAACAACCUGAAGACCUGUACGGCAUUCUCGGCGCUCGUUUGGACGCGGACUACGCAGAACUGAAGGCGCGUUACCAGAGCCUGGCGCGGGCCACCCACCCAGAUAAGCAGGGCGGCGGCGGCGGUGGUGGUGGGGAGCAGUUUCAGCGCGUUCAGCGCGCCUGGCGGGUCCUCAGUGACCCGGCAGCUCGUGCCGCCUACGACCGGAGCGCGACCGCAGCGCGUCUCUCUUCUGUCGCUGUAGAGGACGAGCUGCAGCUCUCCGAGCUCGACUGGCGGGAGGAUCUGGACGCCUACUGGCGGGACUGUCGCUGCGGUGACGGGUUCGUGCUGCCCCGCGAGCAGCUGACUCCCGGCGCGCUGCUCGUUCAGUGCGACUCGUGCUCGCUCACUAUCAGAGUGCUGGUGUCCCCUGAUGACAUCACAGGGCAGUAGUGGCCGCCGGCCGUCGCUGCUAGCCCCCUGGGAGCGCAGUCGACAGAAGACAAUCACUAGCUUCUUCUCGUCCGGGCGGAGCGCGGCCGGCAGUCGGACGCCCUCCGCCAGUGCCCCUGACGCGGGGGAGCUGUACCGAGCUGAGCACACCCCUGCCCGACCGACGGCGAACCGGAGUGAUGUCACAUCGCCGGCACUGUUCUCGCCAGAGGAGUCAGAGUGUGGGUCUCGCUUCGCUAGUGAUACCAGCCGGGCAGAGCAGGCCCCGCUGGCUUCCCCAGCCGCUGCUGUCGGUGACAUGGACCUCGAAGAGUGUAUAGUGGACGAUGGGGCGAACCCCAGUAGUGAUCACACUGCCUCAGUUGAUCAGUGCUCGAAUAGUGAGCGUUAUUCUGCGAAGGAUGACCGUUCCCUCCCUUCCCAGGUCUCUGUGAUCUCUUCCGCUGACGUGCAGUGCCUCUUGCGGCGGGCGGAUGAGCUAGUGCUUGGGGACCGACCGCAGGGUGACGCUAGCAUUUGUCCGUUCGGUAAUCAGGAUCGCUGUCGAAUGUUGGCAUAUAGCCGCGAUCGGCCAGCUUAUCAGAGGUGGGCUCUUGUGUGCAAUUUUAACCCAAAGUUGUGAUAAAAUAUACAUGCUAUUUUUA